AUGUCUAACGUUCUUGCUAUCUUUGGCGCUACUGGCCAACAGGGCGGCUCGGUCAUUAACUAUGUGCUGAAUGAUCCAGAGCUGUCCCAGAAAUAUAAGAUUCGCGCCAUCACCCGUGAUGUGGACUCAGAAAAGGCCAAGAAGCUCAAGGAGAAGGUCGAAGUAGUCCAGGGCGACGUGUACGAUCGGUCUUCUUUGGAGAAGGCUUUAGCUGGAGUACACACCGUCUUCGCUAUGACGGCGCCUUCACUCGGCAAGCACGGCGCUGAGACAGAGUACAACAAUGGCAAAACAAUUGCCGAUGUUACUGUCGAAAAGGGGGCCAAGUACAUAAUCUUCAGCACUUUACCAUCGGUUCGAGACAUAUCCGGCGGCAAGUACACCAAGGUCUCCACCUUUGAUGCGAAAGCAAAAGUCGAGCAGUACAUACGCAGACUUCCCAUCAAAAGUGCUUUUUACUGUCCCGGUAGCUUUAUGGAAAACUUCGCUGCCCAACCUUUCAUGGCACCAAAGAAAUCCGAAGACGGUACUUGGGUGAUGUCUCGUCACAACUCCCCAGAAUCCCUAGUCCCUUUGGUUGAUGCUGUUGGGGAUUCAGGGAAGUUUGUUGGUGCGAUUUUAGCUGAACCUGACAAGUACGAAGGCAAGACCUUCUCUGCUGCUACAGCACUAUACAGCUUGGAAGAAAUAGCCCAAAUCAUGUCCAAAGCUACACAGAAAACGAUAGUUUACAAACAGAUUUCCCUUGAAGACUUCAAGAAGAGCUUACCAUUCGCGGCUGACAUCUUUGCUCAAGUAUUUAGUUUUUCAGAGGAGUUCGGUUACUAUGGUCCAAGUUCUAAGGAAUUAGUUGCUUGGGCUGUUGAAAAUGCUCGAGGCAAACUGUCAACUUUUGAAGAGUAUUUGGACGCCCAUCCGUUGCAUCUUGAAUGA